CGUUUCUCCUCCUGCCCACCGCACCAGCUGACCAGCACCAGGUCUCUCUCUCUCUCUCCGUCUCUCGUCCCAAAUCAAACCGCCUCCCCGUCGCGUCCAUCGAUCCCCAUCUGACCACCGCCCCCAAAACCCUAACCCUCGGUACCACGGCGGCGGCGACGGCAGCUGCGGCGGCAUGAGAUGACCGCGCGGCCGUGAGCAUUGCUUCGGACGCGAUCGCGGCGGCGGCGGGGGGACUGACCGACCGACUGACUGACCGCCUGCCUGCGGCGACCCGCGAGCGCACGCGUGGGGCGGGGUAUGGCGACGUCGUCGUCCUCGGGCGGCGGCGGGGGCGGCGGCGCGCCCGGGCUGAAGACCUACUUCAAGACCCCCGAGGGCCGGCACAAGCUGCAGUACGAGAAGACCCACUCCCCCUCCGUGCUGCACUACAACCACGGCGCCGGCGGCAAGACCGUCUCCGAGAUGACCGUGGCGUAUUUGAAGGAGAAACCGGCGGGGCAGGGCUCCACACCUUCAACACCAAGUUCCAGCAGCGGUAUGCGGUCUGCAGCUGCGAGGCUGCUUGGCACUGGGAAUGGGAGCCGGACGCUUAGCUUUGCAGGGAGCAAUGGUGUCAGCAGGGCUGUCUCAGGGAGCAGCCGUGUGGGUGGAGGGGUUGGUAUGUCGACGAGUGUUAGUGGUUCGCAAGCUGUGGCGAAUUAUGACGGCAAGGGCACGUACAUCAUCUUCAAUACUGCGGAUACAUUGUUCAUGAGUGAUCUCAACUCGCACGACAAAGAUCCAGUAAAGUCCAUCCACUUCAGCAACUCAAACCCUCUUUGUCAUGCAUUUGACCCUGAGGCCAAAGAUGGGCAUGACCUGAUCGUUGGAGUAUGGUCAGGAGAUGUCUACUCGAUGUCAUUGAGACAGCAAUUGCAAGAUCCUGGAAAGAAGCCUGUCGCAUCUCAACAUUUUAUCAAUAAAGACAAAGAUGGAACUGCCAACAGCCGGUGUACUUGUGUUGCAUGGGUGCCAGAGCGUGAAGGCAUUUUUGUUGUCAGUAAUGCUGAUGGAAAUCUGUAUGUGUAUGACAAAUCCAAGGAUGGGAAUGCUGAUUGGACAUUUCCAACUGUAAAGGAUCAAAGUCAGCUGACAAUUUCACAUGCAAAGUCCACUAAGAGCAAUCCUAUUGCAAGAUGGCACAUUUGUCAAGGUGCAAUCAAUGCCAUUUCAUUUUCACCGGAUGGAGCUUACAUGGCAACUGUUGGGCGAGAUGGCUAUUUAAGGGUAUUUGAUUUUGCGAAAGAACAACUAAUAUUCGGUGGGAAAAGUUACUAUGGUGCUCUUUUGUGCUGCUCAUGGAGUGCGGAUGGAAAAUAUUUAUUAUCAGGCGGGGAAGAUGAUCUUGUGCAAGUAUGGAGCAUGGAUGACAGAAAGAUGGUUGCAUGGGGCGAGGGGCAUACAUCAUGGGUUAGUGCAGUUGCCUUUGAUUCAUACUGGUCUCCACCUAACUCUGAUGAAGCAGAAGAUAAUGUCAUGUAUCGCUUUGGUUCUGUUGGUCAGGAUACCCAACUGCUUCUUUGGGAUCUGGCUAUGGAUGAAAUUGCUGUGCCACUACGACAUCCUUCCAGUGGCUCCCCGACAUUUAGCAGUGGGAGCCCUUCUGCACACUGGGACAGUGCAUGCCCUCCACCGACUGGUGUUCUUCAGCCUUCUCCACGGAUGCGAGAUGUACCAAAGCUCUCGCCCCUUGUCGCACACAGAGUACAUGCAGAUCCCCUCUCUGGCCUAGAAUUCACCAGUGAAUCAAUCGUCACCAUAUGCCGUGAGGGGCUGAUCAAAAUUUGGGCCAGACCACACCACAACGUUGAAAACAUCCAGCAGACGAAUUCUUCUGAGCUAGUCGGUGGCAACACCAUCUCAAAGGAUAAGACGGAUAAGACGAUAACAUCAUCGAUCAAAGCAGGCGCUUCCAACUCUAGCUUCAAGCAACCGUCAUCUGUUAUUUUCUCGUGACCAAAGGUCUCAUUUUUAUUGUGCUUGCCUGGCAAUGUCUUCUCAUAUUCUGUCACUAACGUGGCGAUGGAGGUCAGUGCCGUGGGGCUUUGCUGGGAAGUCUGCCAGCGACAGAAACCUGCUUGAUAGAUGUCUAUGCAGCAAAAGAAAAAUAACGGAACUUGCUCAUGUACAGAUACACAUAUUGUCUCCCCGGAUGAAUACUACAAGUUUACCGGUUGUGUUCCAUAUCAUUUUGGCUGAUGUUUCGCAACUGCUGGAUAGAUUAGAUUAUGUACCCAUUCUUUUGCACAGUCAUGGUAAGUUAACUGCCGAUUUUGUGGCUGCAGAUCUGGUUCUAUUCUGCCCCCAAAACGUUGCUUUCGUGCAUGUUAUAUCCAUGGAACUGUAAAUUAUUACUGUUUAUACAAUAUAUUUCUGAAUCUUGCCUUGAUUAACA